AUGACGCUUGACAGCUUCUAUCACAACAAGAUAGAAAGCCACAAGCUCCAGAUCAUAGAAGGCCAAGCAAAACUCCGUAGAUUAGAAGCCCAAAGAAAUGACUACAACUCAAGAGUACGAUUACUACGAGAGGAGCUCGGCCUACUCCAACAGCCAGGCUCGUACGUAGGCGAAGUUGUGAAGGUCAUGGGCACGAAAAAGGUCCUGGUAAAAGUACAUCCUGAAGGAAAAUACGUCGUCGACAUAUCCGAAUCCAUCGACCCCUCCAAACUCACAGUCGGCAAACGCGUAACCCUCCUCUCCGACUCCUACAAACUCGAGAAAAUGCUCCCCUCCUCCGUGGAUCCGCUCGUGUCCCUCAUGAUGGUCGAGAAAGUCCCCGACAGCACCUAUGACAUGAUAGGCGGGCUAUCGCAACAGAUCAAAGAAAUCAAAGAAGUCAUCGAACUCGGCUUACGGCAUCCCGAACUGUUCGAAUCGCUGGGAAUUGCGCAACCGAAGGGUGUUUUACUUUAUGGUCCUCCUGGGACGGGAAAGACAUUGUUGGCGAGGGCGGUGGCGCAUCAUACUUCCUGCAAGUUCAUCCGCGUAUCAGGUUCGGAGCUUGUGCAGAAGUACAUCGGAGAAGGGUCACGCAUGGUGCGCGAGUUGUUCGUUAUGGCGCGCGAGCACGCCCCGUCUAUAAUCUUCAUGGACGAGAUUGACAGCAUUGGCUCCUCUCGCGUUGAAGGUUCCAGCGGCGGCGACUCCGAAGUCCAACGUACCAUGCUCGAGCUUCUGAACCAACUCGAUGGUUUCGAACCCACCAAGAAUAUAAAAGUGAUCAUGGCCACGAAUCGUCUAGAUAUUCUUGAUCCGGCACUCCUCCGGCCGGGGAGGAUAGAUAGGAAGAUUGAGUUCCCGCCUCCGACAGUGGAGGCAAGGGCGGAUAUUUUAAGGAUUCACAGUAGGAGUAUGAAUUUGACUAGGGGUAUUAAUCUGACGAAGAUCGCGGAGAAGAUGAAUGGGUGCUCAGGGGCGGAAUUGAAGGGAGUGUGUACAGAGGCAGGAAUGUAUGCCUUGAGGGAGCGGAGGGUGCAUGUCACCCAAGAGGAUUUCGAUCUGGCGACAGCCAAGGUACUGAAUAAGCAUGAUGACAAGGAAGUUAGUCUAGGGAAGUUGUGGAAGUAA